AUGAGUGACGAAACGAACGGGGUUGAACCCCAAGGGUCGCCCGAACACUAUGCCAUCGGUAUCUCGUUUGGAAAUUCCUACAGCUCCAUCGCGCAUAUUUCCGGCGAAGGCAAAGUGGAGGUCAUUGCAAACGAAGAAGGAGAUCGACAAAUCCCCUCCAUCCUAUCUUACGUCGAAGGAGAGGAGUUCCAUGGCACGCAGGCAAAGGCGCAGUUGGUGCGGAACAGCAAAAACACCGUCGCAUUCUUCAGAGACUUUAUUGGCAAGGAUUACAAGUCAAUUGAUCCUACGCCUUGCCAUGCCUCCGCACACCCCAUCGAGGAAAAGGGCGAGAUCUGCUUUGCCAUACGGGACACGGCAGACAGCGAGACUGAAAACAAAAUCUCCGUCUUGGAGAUCGCUGCCCGUCAUUUGAAGCGUCUGAAGAACUCGGCAUCCGACUUUACUGGCCGGGCUGUCACGUCAGCCGUGGUGGCGGUGCCGACGGACACCAACGACGAACAAAAGGCCGCCCUCACCAAAGCCGCUGCCACCAUCCAGGUGGAAAUCCUCCAGUUUAUGCCUGAACCCAUCGCAGCCCUCCUUGCCUACGACUCGCGAUCCCCGGAUGCCACCGCCGAUAAGAUCGUGCUGGUUGCCGACUUUGGAGGAAACCGAUCCGAUGUCGCCGUGGUGGCAUCAAGAGGAGGCAUGUACAGCAUUUUGGCAACUGCACACGACUACGAACUAGGUGGCACGCAGCUCGACCAGGUCUUGAUUGACCACUUUGCCAAGGAGUUUGAGAAGAAGCACAAAUCUGACCCACGUAAGAAUGAGCGGAGUCUGGCCAAGCUGAAGCUCGAAGCUGAAGCGGUCAAGAAGGCUCUGAGCCAGAGCAGCAGCGCCACCUUCAGCGUCGAAAGCCUUGCCGACGGUGUGGACUUUCGGUCUACGGUCAACCGAAGUCGGUACGAGAUUCUCGCCUUGAAGACCUUUGGACGGUUUACCCGACUCGUUGAGGAAGUGAUCAAGAAAGCCGGACUGGAUGUGCUGGAUAUCGACGAGGUCAUCAUGUCUGGCGGCACAUCUCACACCCCCAAAAUCGCAAAGAAUAUCGAAGCACUGUUCCCGGAGUCAACACAGGUUCUCGCCCCAGCAACGACGCCCUCCGCAUUGAACCCUUCGGAGCUAUCCGCAAGAGGAGCCGCUCUGCAGGCUUCCCUGAUCCAGGAGUUUGAGAAAGAGGACAUCGAUCAAUCAACGCACGAGAUGGUGACGGUCACGCCUCAUCUAUCCGCCGCCAUCGGCUAUCAAGUGACCGGCCAGCCUGACGACGUGCUCAACAUAAUCAUCCCCCCGGACACGGCUGUCCCCGCUCGAAGAACCAAGGUGAUCGAGGGCCUGGAAGGCGACGUGCUCUUCCGCAUCAGCGAAGGCGAACGCGAGAUCAAAGUCACACAGCCGGAACGACCAGCAAAACCUGUAACCAACGGCGCGAAAGUGGAAGACGCAAAUGACGACGACGACGAUGAUGAUGAUGAAGAAGACGACGACGACGAGCCCGAAGAAAUCCGCGAGAAGGUCUGGCGGCCCAAGCAGCCCCUGGCCGAGUUCGUGUUCCGGGGCCUGAAGAAGGGAUCCAAGAUCGAAGUCAUAGUCAACGUCGACGCGGAGAUGGCUCUGUCGAUCGCGGCACGGGAAAUAGGUGGCAAGGGAGGCAUCCGCGGCGAGAUCAAGGCCGCCGCCACCGCCGCCGAGACGACGCAGCAGAACGGAAGCGCUUAA